CUCUCUUUCUCUCCCAUCUGCGAAAGCCGAGGGAGACCAAAACAAAAACAACAUCAUAAACCAAACCGAACCUAAAAAAACCUAUUCGGUCGUCGCUAACCUUAAACCCCUCAAUUUUAUGUCUCGGAUCCUGUGAUUCGGAUCCCCAAGACCCGCUUCUAGAACCUCGUUGUCUUCUCUCGUUGGAUCCGGUUCGGAACACCAUGACCCGGCGAUGCUCACAUUGCAGCCACAAUGGACAUAACUCCAGGACUUGCCCCAACCGUGGGGUCAAGCUCUUCGGGGUCCGAUUAACCGACGGGUCGAUCCGAAAGAGCGCUAGUAUGGGUAAUCUCACCCACUAUGCUGGUUCCGGGUCUGGACCCCACCAUACCGGGUCGACUAACCCGGGUUCUCCUGGUGAAACUCCCGAUCACGCUGCCGCCGCCGACGGUUACGCUUCCGAGGACUUCGUUCCUGGUUCUUCUUCUAGCUCCCGUGAAAGAAAGAAGGGUGUUCCAUGGACUGAGGAGGAACAUAGAAUGUUUUUACUUGGAUUGCAGAAGCUGGGCAAAGGUGAUUGGCGUGGAAUUGCAAGGAACUAUGUUAUAUCAAGGACACCUACUCAAGUGGCCAGCCACGCUCAGAAAUAUUUCAUCAGACAAAGCAAUGUGCCCAGGCGUAAAAGACGGUCCAGCUUGUUCGACAUUGUUGCAGAUGAUGCAGCUGACACUCCAAUGGUACAGCAAGACUUCUUGUCAGCUAACCAGAUACAGGCUGAAACAGAAGGCAAUAACCCUUUGCCUGCUCCUCCUCCUCUUGACGAAGAGUGUGAAUCCAUGGAUUCCACAAACUCAAAUGAUGGAGAGUCUGCCCCACCGAAGCCUGAAAACACACAAUCAUCUUAUCCAGUGUUAUAUCCUGCAUAUUAUUCGCCUGUGUUCCCGUUUCCUCUGCCCUACUGGUCAGGAUACAGUCCAGAGCCCACCAAGAAGGAGACACAUGAAGUGCUGAAGCCAACUGCUGUACAUUCUAAAAGCCCAAUCAAUGUUGAUGAACUUGUUGGCAUAUCAAAACUGAGUUUAGGAGACUCUAUUGGUGACUCUGGCCCCUCCUCUUUGUCUCUAAAGCUUCUUGAAGAAGGACCCUCUAGACAGUCGGCUUUUCACGCAACGCCGGCAUGUGGCAGUUCAAAUAUGAAUGGCAGUGCCAUCCAUGCAGUUUAAGUGCGUGCCAUGUGUUCAGAGGAAUGGAAUCAUACGGGGCUCAUGAAUGUGGUCUUGUGUUCAUCAUAUAUCUGGUUGUGGGGUACCAGAAUAAUUUUUUCUUUGCCCAUUCACAGUUAUUAACCUAGUUUGUUUAUUUGCUAGUAGACAUUAGCGUCUAGGAAUUACUUGGGGUCUAAACUAAAACUUUAUGUUUGUUCAGUAAUUUCAUGUGUCAGGGUUAUGUAAAGUUAUUGUUGAUUGUGCAGUUUGACAAUCUACAAUGUUGUGCUUCCUGUUUUAGUGCUGGAUAAAAAUGUUUAAAGUGUUUUACCAUGGACUUUACUAGCUCAAAUUCGGUCUCUCCUAAAUCAAUAGCUCCAAUUGUAGCUGCUUCGUUAAGGUUUGAAAUUGACCGAGUUAGCUUAGACUUACUUUAAAUGUGCUUGACCUGUUCGUGAAAUUUAAUGCGUAAACCUGGUCUAUUGAUCCGAU